UCUCUCACCUCUUUCACAGAGACACCGACCACCGCCGCUCUCACAGAGAGAGAGAGAGAGAGAGAGAGAGAGAGAGAAGGGGAAAUUGAUGGGAGGAGUGACGUCCUCGGUGGCAGCGAAGCUGGCUUUCUUCCCUCCGUCGCCGCCGUCGUACGAGGUGGUGACGGAGCCGGAGUCCGGGGUGGUCACGCUCAGCCGCUUCCCCCACCGCGAGAACGUGGAGGUGCUCCGGCUCCCUACCCGCCGUGGCACCGAGAUCGUCGCCCUCUACGUCCGCAACCCCAUGGCCACAUCCACCCUCCUCUACUCCCACGGCAACGCCGCCGAUCUCGGCCAGAUGUACGAGCUCUUCGUCGAGCUCAGCAUCCACCUCCGCGUCAACCUCCUGGGGUAUGACUAUUCUGGAUAUGGACAAUCAUCUGGAAAGCCAAGCGAGCAAAACACAUAUGCUGAUAUAGAGACUACUUAUAAAUGCCUUAUAGAGAAUUAUGGUGCUAAGGAGGAAGAAAUUAUCCUCUAUGGUCAAUCUGUGGGAAGUGGUCCAACUGUGGAUUUAGCUUCUCGCCUGCCUCACUUACGAGCUGUUGUGUUGCAUAGCCCUAUACUUUCAGGUUUAAGAGUGAUGUAUCCUGUAAAACGCACAUACUGGUUUGACAUCUACAAGAAUAUUGACAAAAUAUCAUUGGUCCAUUGUCCUGUGCUAGUAAUUCAUGGAACAUCAGAUGAUGUCGUAGACUUUUCUCAUGGUAAGAAGCUUUGGGAAUUGUGUAAUGAGAAGUAUGAACCACUUUGGCUAAAAGGAGGGAGGCAUUGUGACUUGGAGCUUUUCCCAGAGUACAUUAGACAUCUCAAGAAGUUUAUAUCUACAGUUGAGAAAUCACCUUCUCAGAGGAGAACCUGGAGAAAAGGUGCAGAACAGUUUGAACCAUCAAGGAAGAGCACUGACUGCUUUGAACCAUCAAGGAAAAGCAUUGAUCGCAGAGAAAAAUCUAGGUCAACCACAGAGAAGUCGAGAAACAAGGAUCAGAGAUCUACCAAUGUGGAAAAGUUGGAAAAAGUAAAGGUAUCAUUUGACCAAUUGGAGAAGUCUAGGAGGAGUUUAGAUUGCUUUGAUAAGUCCAGGAAGAACAUUGAUCAACUCGACAGAGGACGGAAGAGCGUUGACAGACUGGAUAGGAUAUGGGCUGGGUGAGCUUUUUUACCUAUUUGUAAAAUUCAUACAUGGGCUUGAUUGUGUUAGGAGAAGCAUCUGUACAUUUAUUUAUGUUUACCGAUCACAUAAUAUAUCUAUGGAUGUCUAUAUAGCUUGGGAUAUAUGUUGAAAGUUUAGUUGA